AUGGCUAUUCAACCAGAUCCGCGUAUGGGUAACUGCACAUUACCAACGAGGACGAGAACAGAAGUCAAUGUUCGCGUUCUCCUAAAUAAAUGCGAAUUAAUGGCAAAACAAGAGCCACUUGACGCGAAUUCUAGAUUAAAGCAAUAUGUAAAAAACUUAGAGGGCAUGCUGGCUGAAUUAAAAGCUGAAUAUCUAGAAAAGCCCCCCACGGAGUUUCCUGAAUAUUCCAAGAGAGUACAAUUCUUAAAGGGUCUAAUACAGACGGCUACAUUAAACAGUCCAACGGAAAAGUUAGAAGCCGUACAGUUACUAUCACACGGAGCAGCCACCAUGUCAGUUGAUGCUGCAGCACAAGAAAUCCACCAGAAAACCGUAGCAAAAUAUGGUUUAGAGCUGCGGUCAGAAUUAUUUGGUCCAGAAGAUAAUGAUGACACAUUAAGACGGCGUAAUAUAAUAAAGGCGCCAAACUUCACUAGCAAUAGCAGUAGUCAAGAAGACAUAGAUUCUCUACUAAAAUACCACCAAAAUAUGCAAGAGAAAGUUGCUGAAAACAUGGUUCUGCUCACAAAGAGUUUGAAAGAACAAUCACAGAUAGCUAGCAAAAUCAUAAAGGCUGAUACAGAAGCAUUACAGAAGUCAUCAGAUCUAACGGAUAAAAACUUGAUUUCACUAAAAGUUGAAUCUGAGAGACUUCAGGAGCAUAGCCGCAGCGCAUGGAAAUGUUGGCUUUGGCUCAUGCUUGCGGUUGUCAUGGCAAUAUUUAUAAAUAUGGUUCUAUUCAUGAAGGUUAUGAAGAAAAGAAAAGUAGAUUUGUAA